AUGGAUGACAACGCCUUCCGCGAGGCUGCGACGGCCUCCAUCGACGAGAUCAUCAAGUACUAUGCAAGCCUCGGCGGGCGGCCCGUCGUCUCGACUGUCGAGCCCGGCUACUUGCGCAAGCUGCUGCCCGACGCCGCCCCCGAGCAGGGCGAGGCAUGGGACGUCAUCCGCCAAGACAUCGAGGACAAGAUCGUGCCGGGCCUCACCCACUGGCAGUCGCCCAACUUCUUUGCCUUUUUCCCCUGUCCUUCCAGCUACCCGUCCAUCCUCGGCGAGCUGUACUCCGCCACCUUUGCUGCCGCCGCCUUCAACUGGAUCUGCAGCCCGGCCAUCACCGAGCUCGAGACCGUCGUCCUCGACUGGCUCGCCCAGCUGCUCGGCCUGCCAGAGGAGUACCUCUCGACGGGUCCCACGCGCGGUGGCGGCGUCAUCCACGGCACCGCCUCCGAGGCCGUCAUGACCAUGAUGACUGCAGCCGCCGACAAGUACCUGCGCGCUGCGCUGGCGGCUGACCACGCCGGCUUCGAGACGCUGUCCGACGAGGAGCAGGAGGACCUGCGCGCCGCUCGCCGCGCCCGCCUCGUUGCUCUCGGCGGCGGCACCGCUCACUCGUCCGCGAAAAAGGCCGCCCAGGUCCUGGGCCUGCGCUACCGGUCGAUCCCGGCCCCCGCCGCCAACGGCUAUGCCAUCAACGGCGACGGCCUGCGCGCGACCCUGGCCAAGGUCCGCGCCGCCGGCCUCGAGCCCUUCUUCCUGAGCACCACCUUUGGCACCACCGACACCUGCGCCGUGGACGACUUUGCCAGCAUUGCCGACGUGCUCGAUGCCGACCUCGCGGCCCAGGUGGCCGCCGGCCGUGACGCCGCUGCGUCCGACAUCUGGGUGCACGUCGACGGUGCGUACGCCGGCUCGGCCCUUGUCGCCCCCGAGACCCGUGCCACCAUGUGCCCCGCGCCCCGCGACCCCGCCGACCCCAACUCCGAGCCCACGGGCACAGCUGUCCUGCGCCGCUUCCACAGCUUCAACAUGAACAUGCACAAGUGGCUGCUGACCAACUUCGACUGCUCCUGCGCCUUUGUGCGCGACCGUCGCUGGCUCGUCGAUGCCCUCGGUGCCGACGCCCACUACUACAAGAACGACUACAGCGACGGCGGCCUCGUCACCGACUACCGCGACUGGCAGCUGCCGCUGGGCCGCCGCUUUCGCAGUCUCAAGGCCUGGUUUGUGCUGCGCACCUACGGCGGCGAGGGCCUGCGCGCCUACAUUCGGCGGUCCAUUUCGCUCGGCGAGCGUUUUGCCGAUUCCCUCAAGGCGCGCCCGGACCUGUUUGAGAUCCUCACCGGCCCGCAGUUUGCCCUGACCGUGUUCCGCGCCGCCAAGCGCACACCCGACGAGCCGCUCGAGGUGACGUCGGCCCGCACGCGGCGGGUCUGCGAGCUGGUCAACGGUGGCGGCAAGAUUUGGGUCACGGGCACGACCCUCGAGGGCAACACCGCCGCCAUCCGCGUAAUGACCGGUAACUUCUCAACACACCCCGAGCACGUCGACGGUGCGAGCAAAAUCUUUGUCGAGACUGCCGAGAAAGUGCUGGCCGAGGAAAAGACCAAGUCGUCCGAAGUUUGA